GGCGCCCCCGCCCCUGCCGCCGGCUCGGCGCGGGGUGGGGCGGGGGCCCCUGUACGCGCCGCGCGCAUCUCUGCAAACUUUGCUUCGCGUCCCCAGCCCCCGAGCCCACUGGAGGCAGCCCGGCAUCUGCCUGUCACCUGCAAGGAUGUCCACGGACGAGGUCUACGUCUUCCGUCCCUUCAAACUCAUUGCCUUGUUCUGCGUUUUCAUCGCCCUCGCCUUGGACGUGGUGGCCCUGCUGAGUCCUGCCUGGGUCACUUCCGAGCACUACUCGCUGUCCCUGUGGGAGGCCUGCAAACAGUCCACGGAUGUGUGGCACUGUCUGUCCACCUUAAAGACAGACUGGCAAGUAGCUACUCUGGUGUUAAUCCUGACAGCAGCUACCAUUACCUUGUUGUCAUUUCUUGUCUCCCUAAUCUCCUUCUGCCUGGGGACCUAUAGGCGAUAUUACAGAAUUGUUGCUGUUCUCCUCUUUGCUGCAGUGGUCUUGCAGGUCUGCGCUUUGAUUCUCUAUCCAAUCAAAUUCAUCGACAGCAGCAUGCUGAGGAGCUACCAUGAAUUCAACUGGGGGUAUGGCCUGGGCUGGGGAUCUGCUAUCUUCAUGCUGGGUGCAGCCAUCCUUUACUGCCUGCGCACAGACAUUUAUGAGGAUGCCUAUUACUAAGGCAGGCAGAGGAGGUGACUGGCCACAUCUAUAUCAUUGGACUACUAUUAGAUUGACUGGACCAGAGUGGGAGGGGCAGGAGGGUAGGAAAGGGGGUUGGUGGAUCCACAAGACAUCGAAGCACAAGCUUGGCAGCAAGUAGACAAAAUUAAUGAAAGAGGUGGACAUGAAGAUGUGGAAGUGGAUGCUCAUCAAGAGGUUGGGGAAAUAUGGAACAAAAUGGGCUAUAGGUCAUCAGUCCUAUUCCGUUUCUCAUGCAUUUCCCUUCUUUUUUAACACAGGGAAGUAGCAUGUCCUGCCUUUUAGAGCAUGGCUUACAUUGGUUAAGAGGGACAUCUUUGCUUUUAUUUUGAUAUAUUUUCACAUCCCUGGUGCUCUAGAAAUAAUAUACUAUUUGGGUCUUUUAAAGACUUAUUUGUAAGACAUGAGUUGGGAGUGUAAUCAUGUGGUUUUGGGAAGCUUUUAGAUGAAGGCAUGCAGAGUUUGCAUCUCCUUUUGCAGUCUUCUCUGUGCAUAAUGUGUUCUGAUGUGGAAAAGAAUAAAUUAAAGAACCUGCCACAGCCUGCAUACACAUUUCUUUCAGAGAUUUUAAUGGCUUGGGUGACCUAGUCACUGCAGGGUAUGAAGAGAGGCCAGAGUUGAAACGGUCUGGGAUGUAAAUAGGCAUGAAGUGCAGAUUAAGCUCUUUGGAGCUAACAUGUGAAGCAGAUGCAGCAAAGGGGUCCUGCAAAAUGUUCAUUCCUGAAAUAAUUUUGAGAUUUGUAGCUUGAAUUUUUUUAGUCCAUGUUGAUCAAAGGACUUUUUUUCUUUAAAAAAAUCGGGGGGGAAACUCAAUCUGGUUUAACGGUAAUUUAAACAGCAUUGCCACAAACCAAUGGAAGCACCCAAAUUAGGACAGUUACUGCAAAACCUGUGUUACCACAGCCCCACUGAUAUAAUGAAGUAGCAGUUGGCAGGGCAUGAAUUUGUACCAUAUUCAUAAACCAAGGCUGAGUUGUAAAAGUGCCUUCAACUAGAAAUGUAGGGUGUGUGACCUAAGCUUUUUACUGUAUUACAGCUCAUGUAGGUCAGUUAUAAAUUGCUGUUUCCAUGGAUUUACAUUGCAUGCACUGAAAAUGUGUGUGGAGUAUUCCUUUUGAAAUAUUCCUGGUUAACAUGCAAUCCAUGUCCCAGUUUUCGUAUGGUUUACGUCAGGGGCAUCAAACAUACAGCGUGCAGGCCAAAUCCAGCCCACAGAGCCAUAUGAUCUGGCCUGCAGGUUUAUGUGCCAGCCCUGCAUGCUGCAUGUAGGCUGGACCCCAUGCCUCAUGUGCUGCAAGCUGCACGGGGGGUUGGUCUGGGGGGGGUGCAUGCAGCCUGCACCCUGGACAUCUGUCAUGUGCAGUGCUGGAUCCAGCCUGCACUCCAUGGGCAGCAUGCACAUCAUACCAGUAUCAGGGUAUGUGGGCACAGCAAGCCCCUAACCCAGUGUGUGCUGCAUGCAGCAUGUGGGGCUGUGCCCUGGCCCACACUCCUGUGCUGCCUGCAGUGCUGGAUUCAGUUUGCAUGCCAUGGGCAGAGUACACCUUGUGCUGGCUUGAGGGACUGGACCAUGCUGUUUGUGGCAGACAGGCUGGACCUGACACUGUGGCUACUCCACAGGAGUGUCUGUCUCUGUUCAGCCCAUAGACUGGCUCAGGAAUGCUCCUCUAGUUUAUGGGAUUGGAUGAGUUUAAAACCCUUGGUUUAAGUAGAACACUUUUUUUAAAUGGGCAAUGUAAAAUCAAAGUUAAGUCAUACAAGGUAAAAGGUUCUUGUAGUUUCCCAUCAGCUAACUGAAAGCCCAGUUAUCUACUAUGAACCAGAUUUUAUUCCACCUAUUCAGCCCCUAAGUAUGAUCCUAUCCCUCCUUGGAAAACUGUUCAUGACAAGAUAGAUGCGUCUUCCUCCUGUUCAGUGCUUUCUGUGACUUAAUUUUAAGGCUAAUAUGACAGAGUGUUUAAAAAAAAAGGCACAUCAGUAUUUUUGCAGAGAUCUGAGCCAGGUGGGAUAGGACCACAGUUAGGCAUUUAAGUCCAGCUGUAUACCUAAUAUCUGUAAUAGGAUCUGGACCUGUGUGUAAAUAGGAACUCGCAUUCACUAGUUUUCAUAAACAGUUUUAGAGGGUUCCUUGAAAACCCCAGUCCCACUGUAACAUUACUAGAAAAACUAAUCUAUCAGCAUUGAUGCAUUAUUAAUUUUUUACUUGGGAAUGUGAGAAACCACUGCAUAUAAAUCAAUGCCUUACAAUAUAUUCAGGAGGUCCCCAUAAAUGCUCACCAAAUUCACUCCUGCUGUGGCUUCCUGGUCCUCAUGGUCCACAUGUUUAGUGGACCAUGUUCUGUAUGACUCUCUUGUCCCCUUAAGAUGAGUACAAAAAGGAGCAAAAUUGGAACAAAUGUGUUUCAAGUUAUUUGACACUACACUAUGAUAAAGCAAAGCAACAGCUCCACUGUGUGGCCAGAGUCAGAAUCUGUACUAUAAAAUCAGUGCAAGUCACCAGUGGAGACUGAAGCCAAGCAGGGCAAGGAAGUACAGGAUAAUAUCAUUACUACACACAGGAUAUAUGGCAGUGUUUGUUGCUGUGGCAACUGCAUCCCUACAGCAGGGCAGGAAGAAACAGUCCCUUUUACCUGAGAGUCUUAUC